AAUUUCUCUUUUAUAAAGAAGCUGAAUGGCUGGUGCUAUAUUCCGCGUCCAAUGGUUGCUACUAUAAUAAAUCGCCACUUGUCAUUCAACUCUGUUUUAGGGGACCGUUCAUGGACUCCCUUUAAACGGUUUUUCUAGCAGUCCGUCAUUCUCGUAGCCAUAACUGUUCUCCUGAUUUUAUUUUGCCUUUGAAUAUUUGUCCGUACAUUCUUUAUACGUAAAACUGUUGUAAACAAAUUAUAGCAAAGAAAAAACUUGAAACCAUGUGGAAAACUUCAUGUUAUGUGUUGAAACGGACGGUUACAUCAGCUGCAAGGGCAAACAAGAAUGGGUUAAUUAGUCAACAUGGAUGGUUUAACGGGUCGAGCCGGGUUAUGGGUGGGUAUUAUUUCAGUUCGGGAGGAGAAAACAAGAAUGGGAAUGGAGGGUUAAUUAGUCAAGAGGAAGCAAAGAGGUUGAUGAGAUUGGUGAAUGUGGAGGAGCUGAAGACGAGGCUAGGGAUGGAGAGUAAAGAGGUUAUUGGGUAUUCGGAGUUACUGAGAGUGUGUGAGAAUAUUGGUUUGGCGAAAACACAAGGCGAAGCUGUGGCUUUUGCAAGAGUGCUUGAUGAGGCUGGGGUAAUUUGGCUUUUCAGAGAUAAAGUUUAUCUUCACCCUAAUAAGGUAGUUGAUGAAAUAAGAAGGGCAGUGCCUCUAGCACUUCUACCUGAAGAUGAUCCUACAAAAGAUGAGCUAAAGAAUCUGCAGGAGAAGAAGGAUAAAAUUGAUGAGGUUGCACAUAAGCAGGUGCGUCGCAUUUUGUGGACUGGAUUGGGGGUUGGUAUUUUACAGAUUGGGCUCUUCUUCCGCCUUACCUUCUGGGAAUUCUCUUGGGAUGUAAUGGAACCAAUUACAUUUUUCACUACUAGUACUGGUUUAAUACUGGGAUAUUUUUACUUCCUCAUUACUUCUAGAGACCCAACAUACCAAGAUUUGUUGAAGAGGCUUUUCCUUGCAAGGCAGAGGAAGCUCAUCAAAAAGAAUAAUUUUGAUAUUCAGAGGUUUGUGGAGUUACAAAAGAAAUGCAAAUUACCCAUCAAUGGACAAGCAUCGCUCAAACAUCGCUUAGGGAUACAACUGGAACUGGAGGAUCUUUUACAUGGUCACUGAAACACAUCUCUCACAUACAUACUUCAUUUACUUAUCUUUCAACCAAGGCAAACCAGAUUGUUUUGGAAGAGAAGUGAAAUCUUUUUUGGGGGAAUUCAGAAAAUUACUUAAAAGUAACCAACCAAACACCUUUUUAGAAGAAAAUUUUCUUAGAGCUGUACAAAUGGGCAUGUAUUCUUCAACAUCUUCUUUCAAGGUAGGCUUAGAAAGAAGUAAUUCUUGACCAUCAUAUUUCAAUUAAGCUUACAGAUCUCAUAUGUUAGCUUGUUAUCUUGAAGUUGUAUGUAGAGACUGAUGUUAUACAUUCGAUUUUGAAUUUUUGUUGUUCCACUAGUGAUAAUGUAGCUUGUAAUAUCGAAAAAUUGGGCGAAGAUUGCAAAGAAUAUAAUCGUGAUUGCA